AUGUCUGAUGAUGGAAAUAAGCUGUUUGAAUCUUGCGCAAAUGAAGUUCAAGGAAACGAAACUGGAGAGAACAAGAACGAUGUCGAUGAUUUACAAAAACCUGCAAGAUGCGUCGAUUGUCAAGAAUUCUAUGCCUCUGUGGACAACCGAUGCAGCCUCUGCGCGAAGAAACAUUGCGAUUCGGCCCCUCAAGAAGACAAGGAAGCAGAGGCUAUCAGCGCUGUAGGGUUGGAUGACCCCAAUGUGAUUGCCGGAUCAGCUGUCGUAGGGGCUGGCAUCGGCCUCUUAGCAGGAGGAGGAUUGAUGGCUGUUGCAGGAGCUGGUAUCGGCGCGCUUGCUGCCUCUCGCAAGGGAUACUGGGGUGAUCAAAGCCGUGCAGCUGGUAAGCACGUCGUAAACGCUGCCAAGGCUGCCAAGGAUGUCGGAGACAAAUGGAAGAUAGCUGAGAAGGCCAACGCUGUUGCAAGCGAUGCCAACAAGAGGAUACAGGAUGCCAAGUUGAAAGACAAGAUGGAUAAUGCCGUCAGAAGGACGGACGAGUUCUUAACUGCAUCAGCGAGAAGAGCAGAUGAAUUGAUGGUGACUGCAAGGCCAAAGAUCAACCGGUGGUAUGAAAGAGCAAGACAGGUUGCUGCAGAAGUCAGCAACAGUGCACAGAGUAUUGUCAACAGCAAGAAGAAGCCUCAUACGGAAGAAGUGACGGAAGUCUAG